GUUACAUAUUAAGUGAUACAGUCCAACCUGAUUUUUAUAUACUCCCUUGGGUUGAAAACUUAAUAAUGAGGGGGCUAAUAAUAAUUCCUAAUAAUUUAGAGGUACUACAAAACAACGGGUAUAAACUUGGGAAGUUCCUCCAACUAACCAAAUAUCGGGGUUAUAAAGCUCGGGGGCAGGUGUGUCGGCGGUACGGGGUUUUCCUAUUGUUUCGGGUCGCGGAAAAUCAUUCGGGAACGGGGUCGGGGUACAACUCUACCAAAUAUAAGAAAAUUUAUUUUAAUGUUAUUGGUAUUUAAAAAUAAGGUUCAAUUAUAUAUAUCUCAAAAAAUGUUCUUUUUUUAAUAUUUUUUAUUAAUAAUAUUCCUUCAUUCAGAUUUUCUUAACUUUUUAAUAAAUUGCCAAAUUUAAACGCCAAAUUUUUCUUUAAUUUUUAUUCAAAUUAACUUCCUUUCUUCGCUCUAAACAAUGAGCAGCUACAGCAUCCAAAAUUCAGCAGCAGCCCAAUCAAUGGCUGCUUAUUUUAAAUCAGUUAGUGGAGGGCCUAAUCCGUACACAACUUCCUCACAAUCUCCAUUAGCCUUUUCUGCGGCGGCGGCGGCUGCCAGUGCUGGGUUUUCACCUGCAGCUGCUAUGGCUGUAGCUAAUGGAUUUCCAUUUUCUUCGCCAGACGCCUCAGGGCUUUGGUCAACUGCUCCACCACGUUUUGGAAAGCAAAGAAGGGAGAGAACAACAUUUUCUCGAGCCCAAUUAGAUAUACUUGAAAAGCAAUUUGUAUCACAAAGAUAUCCAGACAUAUAUUUGAGAGAAGAGAUGGCAGCAAAAAUUGGUUUGCCAGAAUCUCGUGUCUGGUUCAAAAAUCGCCGGGCCAAAGCUCGUCAAGUCGAAAAAAUGGAUAAGCGUAUAUCCUCAACAAAUUGUUUACGUCUUCCAUGUUCCUCCACAAAUGGAGGAAAAUUAAUAAUAAAUGGGGGAAUUUCUUCAACAACUUCAGAUUCUUCUUUGGAUAAUUCAAUAAAAAAUGAAAAAAUAAAUAAUUUAAAUAAUAUAAAAUUAGAAGAAAAUGAAGGGGGAAUAUUAAAUAAUAAUGAGAGUGGAGGAGGAGGGAUAUCCCCAGGUUCUCAAUUAGAAGCUGAACCUAAAAUGCAGCAACAACAUUUGGCUAGUAUGUAUUUGGGAAAUCUUUCACCUAGCGCUAUGAUAAACUAUUACCCGCCAUUUCGUAAUGGAGCAUAUGCCGGUGUUUAUGGCAAUAGUUACACCAAUAAUUCUAUGGAUAUGUAUACAGCGGUGAAUUUUAAAUUAUAUUAA